CCAGCAACUCAGCAACACCGAGCAAACACACCACUGCUUCUCUGCUCAAAGGCAGCUAGCAUUAGAUCGUCGAGUCGAGACGAUGUAUCCGGCCAAGCCCGGCGAGGCGGCGGCGGCGGCGGCGGCGCCGGUGACCGGGGUCCCCGUGGGCGGCGUCCCCGCCGGGCAGUGGUCCUCGGGGCUGCUGGACUGCUCCGACGACUGCGGGCUGUGCUGCGUGACGUGCUGGUGCCCGUGUAUCACGUUCGGGCGCGUGGCGGAGAUGGUGGACCGUGGCGCGACGUCGUGCGGGACGAGCGGGGCGGUGUACGCGGUGCUGGCCUGCCUCAUGGGCCAGUGGAUCUACUCGUGCAUGUACCGCGCCAAGAUGCGCGCCCAGUUCGGGCUCCCCGAGGACCCCUGCUGCGACUGCUGCGUCCACUUCUGCUGCGAGCCCUGCGCGCUCUGCCAGCAGUACAAGGAGCUCAAGGCCCGCGGCUUCGACCCGGACCUCGGCUGGGAACUCAACGCCCAGAGGGCCAGCGCCAUGUACCCGCCCGCCGCACAGGGCAUGGGCCGCUGAACUUGCUACUUGCUCAUCAUGGACGAUCUCAUCUCAUAAUCUCAGUCAUCCGUGCUGAUGAUGGUCAUCAGUCGACGAGUUUAUUUAAUUUGCUGCUUCGAAUUAUAUUCGUGCAUGGUGGAUUGUACUACGUACGUACUGCUAUGUGUUUAUUUCAUUACUUGUGUGUGUGUUUGGUCUCUUGCAUCAGCCAGCAAAAAGAAAUGUGCAUGUAAACAUCAUCAGUACGGAGUGAUGUACGUUUCCUUUUUCUUUUGUUACUACUACAUAUUUCUUUUCUUUUUUUUGAAAGGACUACUACAUAUUUCUUGGUUCUUCCAUGGUUUGGAAUAAAAAAAUGUAGAUUUUAAGUGAUCC